AUGGACCUGGACCGAGGCAUCUCGACGUCCACGUCCGCAACAUCUGCAAUACCCUUUGACCAUCAGUCCCAACAACCCCAGUCAGUUUCCGAGGCUCCGGAUCACGUACAAUCCCACUCCAAGUCGGAAUCUCACGGCGCCUUCUCGCCCGGUCACCGUCCCAAGAAGUCUUCGACGACAUGCUCAACUUGUCGCUUUCGCAAAGUCCGUUGUAACGGCGCUCGCCCAGUCUGUUCCAACUGCCAAAGGCUUGGGUUCCCAUGCUCGUAUGACGACUCUGAUGCCGAUAACUGGUCCCUGGCCUUGCCGCGUCGCAGAGUCAAGCAGGCAUGUCUGAGUUGCCAUAGUCGCAAGGCCCGAUGUUCGGGCCACGUGCCCGCUUGUGAGCGAUGUCGCUCCCAGGGUAUUGAAUGCGUAUACCGCCCUGGGAAACGGGCCAAGGGCAUUGGUAGAGGCAGCUACGGCGAGGUUCGGAGCCCUCGUAGCCACGAUGGUGAUGACAAGGACAGGACAAAAGAUACGGAUCAUGACAAUCAUGAUGAUAGCGAAACACCUGUGACUGAUCCGGCAAACACACCAAGUACCUUUAACCACGACAUUCCCAGCAUCGACGAGUCUUUUGAUUCUCUGACUAGUCGCACCUUUGACCAAUUCUUCCGCCAUGUUCACCAUAUCCCCAUGUACUCAUUUUUGCAUCGCGCAUCACUCAUGGAGCAAUACAACGCUGGCAAAGUCGACAAAGCACUCUUGUUAGCCCUCAUCGGCAUCACAUCGUGUUUGACGGAUAUGGGCGCUGGCGUGCGUGAGUACGGUGACCGUUGUAUUGAUCGCGCAGAACACCUCAUUUUCUCCGAUUACUCACGGCCGUCAACAUUCAAAGUCCAGGCCCUAGUCUUCAUGAUCAAGCACAGAAUACUGUCCAACAAAUACCCUAGCGCAUUUAUGCUCCUGAGCAUGGCGUCGCGUUUCGCUGCAGCACUACGCCUGAACCACACCAGCCCCAAUCUGUGCUUCUUGGCCCAAGAGUCUCGAAGACGGUUGAUGUGGUCACUAUACUGCAUUGACACUGGUAUUUCAGCGGGGUACCGGGAUUUUGCGCUGUGGCGAACGGAUAGAAUCUUUGUCAGCUUGCCUUGCAACGAACGAAACUUCGAAUUUGAUCUACCACAGGCCGCCGAAAUGCUUGACCCUGCAAGCAACGGUCCUGAUAUACCGCCCCCGGAAGACGUUGGGAGUCUGGCACUCCAUAUCCGCAUCCUCCAUCUGCGCCAGAAGAUCAUCGAGUUCACCAAGGAUGUUCUUGUGGGCUGCACCAUCACCGAUACGCCAAGUCUGCAGGAUCCUGUCCUAGCACUGCACAAACAACUAGACGACUUUGCUGGCCGACUCCCGUCUUCGUUUCAGUUCUCCGAAAGCUCUCUCCGACUGCGAGCAUACUCUCCCAGGAUUUGUGUUUUUGUCAUGAUCCACGUCUGGUGGCACCAGUGCCAUUGCGAUCUAUAUCGUAUGACCAUGGCUGGAUUCAGAGAAGCCCUGCCCGAGGCCACAUUGCAGAAACUGGACCCAUCAUUUCUCGCUCACUGCCAACGCCAGUGCGUAGAUCACUCCCUAGCCAUGGCCAGCAUGUUUUCUUCCAUGCAAAAACUCGGGGCCAAACCCGUGGCUGACCUAGACCUGGCCCUUUGUGCCUAUCAAUGUGCUCGCAUGCUAAAAAAUGCGCUCCACGGCGGUGCCGAGAAGCUGGGGUUGACGGUCGAGGUGGUGACGGAAAAGGCCAAGGUUUGUCUGCAAACCAUCAAACAAUGCUGCAUGGGUCCGGCAGCAGGGGCCAUUCGAUCUGACCUGGAACGACUGAUCAGCCAGGGUCUUGGGUCAGACGUCUCCUCUCCACAAGACACCAUGGUCGACUCCAACCGGACCCACAGCGCUGGCACCGAUGCCCCAUCCAGACAUCCCGUCCUUCGAAAUAUCGAGGUGACAGAGGAACCGAGCGUAAUAUCGACAACGCAGACAGUGGCAGGUCGCACCGGUUCCCACCCCCCAGAAUCCUUCAUGGCUACGCCCGUAACGGCAGCCACCGCCAUGCCUAUGCAGACGUCGCUGUCCGUCCAGGAACUGGCCACCCCAAAUGCUUGGACUACUGGGCCAGCAUUUCCCAACAUGGCGGCAACUGUACAAGCCCACGCAGAGCCAGAACCAAUGGAUUUGACAAAUGCUUCCAAUAAGUCCGACAUUGGCGCAGGCGAACUAAACAGCGCCUACGAGGGAGCGCUGGAAAUUUUCGACCAAGACAACGGACUAGCUCACGCCAUGGGUGUCGAGUUGAACCCUUGGAGCUGGAGCAGUGAUUUGCAGUGGCCCGAUUUUCUGAGCAGCGGCGUGGGUGUGUGA